GUUUUUCCCAUUCGCGGAAGAGGUUUCGUCCACAGAUGCAGGAAAUCAAUACAGUCAGUGGGCCUUCUGGAUCAUAGUUUCAUGAAAACAACAACUACAACAAAAAUGCGAGGCCUGAGGGAGAGGAUGCUAAUAAGGAAAAGUUAACCACACAAACACCAACCAUAUGCCGCCUCUGCAUGAAUGAAAUAUGCGGACUCAAAGCACCCAAGCCGUGUGGAUGUCUCCAGACACCUGCGGAAAAGUCACCAGACCCGUUCGGUUCUCUCCGAGCAGGGACAGAGCUGAAACCUCAAACUCUCAAACCAUUAAAAUGAAGGAUGGAUGGCCCAGGGGAUGAUGACCAGGGGUCUUUUUUAAUAGACUUCUGUGGCAAAGGUCUUUCUUUUAGUCGUGCGCUCUUACCAUGACGUGUGACCUGUAUCACCCUUCUCAGAUCAUAGGUAACGUUAUCAUCAACAUAAGAUAAUUAAGUCUGUGAUCACCAAGACCCUCUUCUGCUGGACGCUGUGAUGGCAUGAGACUGCUGCGUGGACCACAAAUGAAGUUGAUGGGUCUAGGGUCCGGGUCUGAAUUAUUGAUAUGGUUCUGUAUGAGUGGGGAGUUUUUAACGACGGUCAUUUAGAAGAUGGAAAGGCAUCGGCAGGGUGCUAAAUCUGACAGCGCGCUCCACAAACAGCGUCUUUAUUGGCCGCACAGAUGUCCCGUGUGUACCGACUUCAGAGCUUUAGUUCAUCAAAGACGUGCAUACACAGGUCUGGGAUCAGCGGAUAAGGCCAUUGGCUUUGGAACAAUAUAAAGCGAUCACAAUGCUAAACAUUGAAUGGAAGUAAGAACAUAUUUUUUGUCUUUCUUGAAGUAAGCCAUACAGCUUUGAAAGAACAUGAGGGGCAGAUUCUGUGUGAUAUGACACGAGCGGUUUUGGGAACGUCGGAAAGACACUGAAGAAGUCGCAUUUCUGGACAUCUAAAAGCUGAAUCUUUCUCUCCAGCCAGCAGCUCAUCUACAGUCAACAUUCGUACAUUCUGGACCUGUUACCAUUGGACUGGCACCACUGACCGUUUCACCCCCCGUGGAUACUUCUCCAGACCGCAAAGGAUUUGCGCAAUUUCCAAGACAGGACGAAAUUAUUACUGAUUUACUUUGCUCGGAUGAGUUUUCUGUUUGCUUUGCUUUUGAGUCGUAUUCCGUGCUGUAAAAUUAGAUCCCGAAUUAGACAAAUAACAGUUCAGCAAUGAUUGUCCGCGUGUUUGCUUCUUAAUGCAAUUUGUAUGUGUUAAAUGAAAUGCGUAAAAAGGAAAACGGCGCGUGUCCUAAAUUUUCCUCGGAUUAACUCUCUUCGCGUGCCGACCACAUUCCCGUGACAAUCUAUGGAAGUAAGGCAGUUCGCAUUGAACUUGAAUUAAGGCGGGCGCUGGGAUUAUCUUCUGCGGGACGGAGUGAGGAUGCAGUCGGGGAUGCGAGCGCUCUGUGCCGGCGGAGGCGCGUCUCUCUGCUGCCUUCUCAUGUUAUGGAUAAUCUACACCCACCUCCUAAAGGAAGGUCAGUUGCCGGUAGGCACGUGUGAGAUUGUGAUGUUGAAUAGAGACAGCAGUCAACCCAAGCGCACCAUCGCCAGGCAGACGGCCCGCUGUGCCUGCCGUAGAGGACAGAUCGCUGGCACUACAAGGGCCCGACCAGCGUGCGUGGAUGCUCGGAUAGUGAAAAGCAAGCAGUGGUGCGAAAUGACUCCGUGUUCAGAAGGCGAGAUUUGCGGGCUUCUCUUCAAUCGCUCCGGUUGGACCUGCACCAAAGGCGGCGGCCGAAUUAAAACCGUCACGGCUUUCUGACAUUCACAGGAACAUCGCCAAACCGGAAUCAUCCAUCAGCCCCACGUUCGUGCCCAUCCUCUCAUUUCGGCUCUACAGAAAUCAGCUGCCUCACCCCCAUCAUCCCCAAACUGGAAAAGGAACCGUCAGUCAAGCAUCCCAACGGUUACAAGCGGGUCAAGAAGUCCCAGCGGCGACCCCCACCACCUCUUAACCGCAGCGGUUUUCUUAGCAUCAUCCAUCUCAGCUGUUUACGUUUUGAGCUUGAGGUCUUUUAGCCAGAAGAACAUUUCGCUUGCUUUCAGAGAAGACUGCUCGUGCACCGAAACAAACAUUACGCGUUCCUCACAGAGAGGCCGUUGCAUCUAGUAGCUGGACCUUGUGGGAGUUAUUCGCGCUCGCCACCUGCGAGCAAGGACGUGUGUUGCAGAAGGACCAAGGACAUAUAGAGACGAAUCCACACAGAUGUCCGGGUCUCGCUGCAAGGAUAGCACGUUCCCCCGUCUUUGUCAUGAGUAUGAACAGUUACACAUUCAUUUGAUAAAUUGAGAAUUGGGCCAAAGCACUGUAGAUAUGACCUUGGUGUCAUUCGCUUCUGUGGCCGUAUGGAUUCUGUGUGGUAAGCUGUGAGAAUGGCGAUGCAUUGAAGCCGUCAAAUCUCAUCAUGGGUGAUUUAAAGAUUUGCAAACGCUGUCUGGAUCUCAUCUGUCUUUUCUCUCUGGGGCCUCUCUUUCACUCUCUGCUUUAAAUGUCUGUCUCUAAUGGAUAUAUCAUUUCUACUGUAUGAAUACUUUAUUUGGACUGUAAAUUGACACUUGCGAUGGAGUAUUGACCUAGAUAGAAAAUAAAGGGUUGUGUCCAUGUAAAUGUGCACAAAGCUUUGGGACGUUUCUCUGUGUGGGCCAUACUAUAUAUUUUUCAUAGUCUUGAUAAACGUCCUUGGUUUUAUUGGGCACGAUUUGUCAGCGCAACUUUAUUCUUGUAUUAAAAAAGUACUCCGUUAUUAAAUUACUUUUGUUUAGCGCUCAUGUAAUCCAGGUGGGCGCUUGAGCUAAUAUUAUCUCUUCAUGUUGACUUUAAGUACUUAGUUCUUUCCUCGAGUGUUGUAGAAAUCUGCCUCUCGUCAAGUGAAAAGAUCUUUUGCGUAAAUCAAGUUCUCUGCCCACAGGCCUGCGAAGAUCAAAACGCAAGGGGUUAAGCGACGGACAUAACUGAUUGCAUGAAAAAAAAGAGAGAAGAACCUCGUGUGAGAAGAUGAAAGAGUAAAAGAAUAUGGUCACUUUCAGUGAACAGUAGUAAUUCAUCAGUCUCGAGGGCCCGGCUCCCCGAGUUGUGAAUUUUAAUGGUGUUUUUAUGGUUCCUAAUAAAGUCUGUUAUGCUUCUGGCAAAUAUGCAGACCACGAUAUCCCUCGCUUCCAAUUACUGAGAAAACUCAAGGAGAUUCGGUGUUCAUUCGUUAUACCGCGCAGUUACUCAGGAAUAACAGGACUCACUCUCUCUCUCAGUGACUCUAUAAUCUUUCGGUUUUUGAUUCUUUCUCAGUUUUCAAUUUUUGCGCAAUUUAUUGCCAUGAUUGUUUGCACUUACAAUAUUGCCAAAGUAUUAUACAUAAG